CCAGGCGCAUGCUCAGUGGAGCGGCGCAGGGUUGGGAAGGGUGCGUGCGCCGGCGCCGCUUCCCCUUCCGGCUCGCGGUCGGCCUGGUCCAUCGGCGGCCGCCAGUACCAUGGGAGCCGCGAGGGGAGGGCGGAGGAGCCUCCUCUGGGCAGCAGUUACUGCAGUCAUACUUGUUGUAGAUGCUUCUUACGUGCACGACUUAGAUGACUCGUUUAAAGAGAACCGUAAAGAUGACAUCUGGCUUGUAGAUUUCUAUGCACCUUGGUGUGGCCACUGCAAAAAACUGGAGCCAGUGUGGAAUGAAGUUGGUAAAGAGAUGGGGGGCACUGGUUCUCCAGUUAAAGUUGGAAAAAUGGAUGCAACUUCUUAUUCUAGUAUUGCCUCUGAAUUUGGAGUUCGAGGCUAUCCAACAAUUAAAUUGCUAAAGGGUGACUUGGCAUACAACUAUAGAGGCCCUAGAACCAAGGAAGAUAUUGUUGAAUUUGCAAACAGAGUAGCAGGCCCUAUUAUAAGGCCACUCCCUAGCCAGCAAAUGUUUGAUCAUGUGCAGAAGAGGAAUCGUGUUUUUUUUCUGUACGUUGGUGGGGAAUCCCCAUUGAAGGAAAAAUACAUAGAAGUUGCUUCCGAACUAAUUGUUUAUACAUACUUUUUUUCUGCCACAGAAGAGGUACUACCAGAGCAUAUAACACUUCCUGAGAUGCCUGCUGUUCUUGUCUUUAAAGAUGCAACAUAUUUCGUAUAUGAUGAAUAUGAAGAUGGAGAUCUGUCAUCCUGGAUAAGCAGAGAGAGAUUUCAGGGAUAUCUUAAUGUAGAUGGAUUUACACUCUAUGAACUUGGAGACACAGGGAAACUAGUGGCUAUCGCAAUUAUUGAUGAUAAAAAUACUUCUACAGAUCAUACAAGGUUGAAGUUAAUUGUUCAAGAUGUUGCGAGGAAUUACAGAGACCAUUUUAAUAGGAACUUUCAAUUUGGCCACAUGGAUGGAAAUGAGUAUAUUAAUAGUUUACUAAUGGAUGAUGUGAAAAUCCCCAGUAUCGUCGUCCUAAACACAUCCAACCAACAGUAUUUCCUACCUCAUAAACCUAUAGAGAGCACUGAAGAUAUGGUCCAGUUCAUUAAUGAGAUCUUGGAAGGCACUGCAGAAGCACAAGGUGGAGAUGGAAUUCUUCAGCGAAUCAGGAGAAUAAUUUACGAUGCCAAGUCAACUGUGGGAUCUGUUUUCAAGAGUUCCCCACUUUUGGGCUGCUUUCUCUUUGGGCUGCCACUGGGUGUCAUCAGCAUCAUGUGUUAUGGAAUCUGCACCGCUGACACUGACGGUGGAUCAGAUGAAGCAGAGAUGCCUAAGAGAGAAACAGGCAGAGAUCUGACAGAUGAAGGCACUGAAGAGGAACAAGAGGAGGAGAGUGGUGAAAGCCAUGUAGAAUACACAGAUGGUGAGCAAGAACAGAAGCCUAUAUUGGAAAAGAAGAAAGACUAAAUGGCUUAAAUAAAAAGGUUUUUCCCCCCGUUCAGUUUCCAAAUAGAGACUUAUUUAUUGAAUUUAGUCAUUUCCCCGUGACCUUUAGAGAGGAGGACUGUCUUGUUGUACGUGCAUGUAUCCACAUUGUUUGGCUGAGAGGAGGUAUCGUUGGGAGUCUUGAUUUUGAGGUCUUUUAUUCCAUUUACCCUUCUGAAAUGAAAUAAAAUUAAGGAAUGUAUAUGGAUCCACAGUGCAGUUGGAUUAAAACAGUGCUUUUCCAUCCUCUUCUGUCUACUGAUACCUCUAGUCAGAAAUAAUCUGAACAUGUGGCCAAAAUAAAUAAGGCUAAUGCUAUUUUUUGAAAAUGUGGAAAGCAAAUGAAUUCUCAGCCUUGAGUUACAUCUGUAAAUAUAACUGAAUUUUAGAAACCAUUAAUAGGGAUAAUGCACUGGGUAUGUUCUAUUUAUGCUUUUAAAAAAUUGUUACUUUAGUUUCUAAAGAGCAAUACCAUUUCUUACUUUUUAAAAGAAAAAUAUACAUUUAAUUUUUUUUUCUGGUAUAGAUAGCUCAGCACUAAAGGUAUGUGUUGCAAUGCCCACAGAAUUGCUUUUUUAAAUACAUGUUUCAUAAUUUUAAAGAUAAUGUUUCCUACCUUGAGAAUAUUUCUGGGUUCAUUUGACAUUGCAUUUUAUUGGUCCAGUGUGCUGCAUAAUUGAAGAUGCAUACCUAUGUUUAACCUGCAAGAAUAAUAUAUAUAUAUAUUUCUUUUUAAAUGAUUGUUUUUCUAAAUGUUAACUAUUUGACAAAUCUGAGGGAUGCAGUUGUUCAUGACAACAUUUGUGGAAUAAUUUCUCUGUUAGUGUAUUGCUUAGUUUAUGACAACCAUUCUGCAGUAUGCCAGAAUAUCUUUCAGGGGGGUUCAAUCUUGCUGCUGCUGUUUCUGAUGCCAGUGAAGAAUAUUUGCCAACAUGUUAUUUGCCUGUUAACAUUGACACCUAUAGCAUUGUUCGCCUUUCUAAAAAAGAAGAGCAUUUGUCUGUAUAAUCCCUUUUCAUUAGUUGUUAAUCAUAUAAGUCAUCUUUAAUCCCCCCUCCCAUGACAUUGAAAGAGACUAAGCUUUCUCCAGAAUUGAGAUCUCAGGGGAUAAGCCAUAUGAUUCUGUUUGGUGUAUUGAUACCAUGGUGAUUGCCAUAGCAACAAACCCUAUGCUGUUCAUUUUCUGGACUAAGGCUAUGUCACAUUCAACUGGAAAAUGCUCAAAAAAAUAAACACUUUUAUGCUGGUGGGUCAUAGUAUGAAAGGCAUAUCUACAUUUCUGCAUCUGCAAAGUAGAUAAAAAGCUUGAAUAAGAAAAAAAUGUUUAAGGAAUUUGGUUAAUUUUUGCUAUUCCUCUUAUAUAAGAAUGUUUUCUUUUUGAUAGAAAGAGGGGUCCUAUAUCUGUAAAGCUGUGCAACUUUUUAACACAGUCCAAUAACCUAGUUCUUGGUCUCAUGAUAUUUUGUUGGUGGGAAGGAACUAUGCAGAUUUCAUUUUGAAAGGGAAAAUUUACAAGAUAAAUAUAUCUUUGAUCAAAUGAAUGUUUUCCCUCAAAAUAGGACACCACGAGGAAUGUAAAGUGUAAUAGUUUUAUUUAUGAAUUGCUUCACCCAAAGGAAAAAAAAAUACUGUACUUCAUGCAUAAUGUAUAGAAACAUCUUGAGUGCUGAAAUUUCACUGGAUGAGGAAGGUUUGGUUCUGUUUUUUAUUGAAAUUAAAACUAUACUUAAUUUUUUCAUAAUGAAAGAGGUUACAUUACAAAUGAUGUUUUUAUUUUCAGAGUUCAUCCAGUCUUGUUAUAGCUCAGGUUUUGACAUUAAGAUUUGUUUCAGUUGCUGAAACACCGCUGCUGUAAACUCUGAAGCCCCAAAUGUAUCAACCAAGAAGAAUCUGAAUUUCUGGAAUGGGAUGAAAAUUUACCUCACACUGGACUGUAAUAGGAAGCCUUUUGUUGUAUUAGUGCUACCUAAUUUUUAUAUAUUCAGUUUUAAAUUAUGUCAGUGCAAGAAACCCAUUCCACAUUCCUUCAAUUUUAUUCUUUCAUUUUUAUCUUUUUCCCUUUAGCUCAGUGAUUCUCAAUCCGUGGGUCCCCAGAUGUUUUGGCCUUCAACUCCCAGACAUCCUAACAGCUGGUAAACUGGCUAGGAUUUAUGGAAGUUGUAGGCCCAAACACCCAGGGACCCACAGAUUGAGAACCACUGCUUUAGCUUCAACUAACAACAUGAUGCAGAGUGUUUUUUCUAGUACUAAUUAUGAGGCUAUGCUUUCCUCCCAAAAUUUAAAACUUUAAAAAUCCUGCUAUGAUCUAUUACAUAACAUUAAGCAGAUUUAAAGUUGUUUAGACAGUCAUAUUGAACAGAGGUUGAUGUUUACCCUACUACUUACGAAAUCUUUUACUCCCUGAUGUUUACCAAAGUGAAAUGUACUGCUCUUUUAUUCCAGCUUCAUUAUAGUGCAGUUAGACAAUGAAAAGCUUGUAGUAUAAAACAAAAUGACUAUUUUUGAUCAUGUUCAGACAGAAUAUUAUCUAUUUUAACUUGAAUUGGAAGUGAUCUAAUGACUGAAACUUUAUUUAUACUUGUUGGAUUUAUCUACUGUAAAUGUGCGUUUUCUACAAUAAUAAACAUUUAAAUGUGGA